AGACAAAUAAAAAAUACCUGGGCUAGCAACUUGGGCCUACCCGGCCGAACAGGUAGUCCACCCCUUGGCGAGUUUCUACUUUCCUUUUUUGUUAACCAAAACGCAGAAAUCAUCGUUUAGUCAACAUGGUUCUUCACUACUUUUUUUCCAAAUUAUAAAACCGGACAACCGGAAUAAUAUCGUCGACUCCACAACUGCCACCAGCGCCGCCACAUUCAUCUACGUCGGGAAAUAGAACAGCUUAUAUUGAGUAAAAUGAACGGUGGAGAUUCAAAGGAUGACGAGGAGGAACGGGAACAAGUUAUGAGCGAGGUCCAUCUGGGAUGUCCACCUGGCAUCUCCGGUCCUCACAUUUCCCGCUUCACCAUUUGCCUGCCUUCUGGAGUUGAAUCCAGCAGAUUUAAUGGAUUGUUCAAAGAAGAGGAAUCUUGUACGGACCAAGAAAUUAGGUUCGAUGAAGAUGGCGACCUGAUUUUACCAAGAAGACGCCAGAUUUCUCGUCGUUGUUUCACUAUGAAAAUUCAGCAUAAUAUCACUUCAUCCAUUCCUAGUGUUGGUUUGCAGGUAUGGAAGGCCGAACUAAUUUUGUCAGAUUUUGUGUUACAUAAGAUAUGCACUUCAAUGGAGUUCCAUGGCAUUGUCUCUUUAGAGCUUGGUGCUGGAACAGGGCUUGCAGGCAUGCUGCUUGCGCAUGCUGCUAAGACUGUGUUCUUAACAGACCAUGGUGACCAAAUCCUCGAAAACUGUCUUAAGAACGUUCAACUUAAUUCUGGAGUCCUUAAUCAUCAGAAAGUAGUUUAUGUGCGUGAACUUGACUGGACUCACCCUUGGCCUCCUAAAGUUAGCUCAGACCUGGCAACUCAAGAAAGGUUUUCAUGGAGCUCCUCAGAACUUGAAGAAGUACAGAAAGCUUCUCUGCUUUUAGCUGCUGAUGUCAUUUACAGUGAUGAUCUUACAGAUGCGCUAUUUGGUAUCUUAGAGAGAAUAAUGUCACAAGGGUCUGAAAAGGUGUUAUACUUGGCACUGGAAAAACGCUACAACUUCAGUCUUGAUGAUCUUGAUGUUGUAGCAAAUGGUUAUUUAAAUUUCAGAAGUUACUUGAAGGACGACAGUGGUAGAAUGUGAAGGCCUUGAGCUUGGUUCCUUGCCUUGUUUUAUGGGUAAAUGUAUCGAUGUUGCAGAAAUUCCACAGUAUGUGGGAGGAUAUGACCGAGGAGACGAUGUUGAGCUUUGGGAGAUUAGAUACAGUAAAGGGAAGCUAUGAUUGAAAGGAUACAAAAUUUCUAAUUAUGUGUUGCCGUUGAUAAUUUUUGUUGGUUACUUUGUAAUUGUACUGUUUGAAACACCCCCAUUCUAAAUUCAUACAAUACCACAGUUGAAAGUGAGGAAUUUGUAGGUGAAUUCCAUGGACUUACCAGCUUGGGCAUGACCAUAGGCUUCUAAAUGAAGAUGUUGGGAGAUGUGAAGUCGAAGCACGGUCCAGUUAGGGCGAUGGGAUCGUUUUAUAUAUGCUAAGAUUAGAGCUCAAGUUUGAUUUGAAACUCAAGUCUCAAAGCUCAAUACUAGCUUAAUCAACUUUUGCUUUUAAAUUGCUUGAGCUGAUUCGGUUGAACUUGUUUAGUUAUUUCCCAGGCUUGACUUCAAGAUUGAGUCGAGUUCGAUUAGAUAUUUCUCAAUAUUAAUUAAAAACAAAUACUUAAAA